AAAUGUAGUCGUGGUACGAGAAAGCAAGAUUUUAUUGGUUCGCUUCUUUCAGCUUAUGACAAGGGAUUAUGCCCGCUUCUCCAAAGUAUAGUUUUGAAGAAAACUGGAGCCUGUGUUCAAACGUCUGUAAUGGCCGAGUCCCUUAUUUGGCGUGCUGAGAGGCUUUUCUUUCUGAACGGAGAGCAGGAUCUUUCAGCAUUUUUGCUUGUGGACUUGGGAAUUGUCAAGUAUCCUACUUACAACUGUAUAACCUUAGACCAUAUAUUUUCAGGUCAAAGUGACCUGCUUUCGUAUGAAGAGUCCAUUGAAGUGGCACAAAUUAUGGAUGAUCUCUUGAUGAAAACAACUCUGAGUUGGCAUUAA